UGUUUUUUGAGAUUAGACAAAGAUUUUGUUUUAAUAAGUGCGUUUGACGUACUAUAAGUGAACGAUGUACGAAUAACAAUUAAUGAAAUACUUGUGGUUAUAAUAAUAUAUUUCAAGAAGAGUUCAAGUUUUAUGUUGUCGUUACCGGAUUAAAAGAUCAUUUGCUCCAAAAAUGUCUAAAAAACAUCCGUCCACAAAUUAUACUUCAUGUUUUAAAAUUGAUGGAGUUCCAAUAUUACCUCCUCUGUUGACCCCUGAAAAAAGAAAGGAAAUGGCUUAUUACAAACAACUAGCUUUAGCAGUUGAAGAAAGAAUACGAUUACUGAAGGAAAAUAAAUCAGAAACACCAAGUCACAGCAAGCAACAAAUAGCUAAUACAAAUUUUUAUCAUUGUGGAGACUAUAACUAUGAAUUAGUUUAUGCUGAACCUUUAUCUUCUAAUACAACUACAGAUCAAAAUGUUUGCAAUAAAAAUAAGCAACUAGAUUAUACCUCUUCGUGUCCAAAUCAAAGUACUUAUGUAAAGGAUAAUUUGGAAGUUAAACAUUUUACUUCAGUACCUGUCUUAGUCAGAUCUAAUUCCUAUACACUUGAUGAACCAAGUCCUCUGUUGCAAGCCCAACUAGAGAAACAAGGAAUAUUUGAAAAUGGUAAAGGUAAUAAAUGGGUUACCAAAAAUAAUCAUAUGGGAGGAUGUGGUGAUAACAUUGGACAGACCAAAAUAGGUAUUAAAAGAAAACUGCCGAUGAAAUAUGCUGAUAAAAAAAAUUACAAUGGGUAUUCAAUUGUGCCCAAAACUGCUUAUGAAUCUGAUUUGAAUACAGAAUAUGUAUCUGAUCAAAGCUCUACUGAAUUUAUAUAUUCAUCUCAAACUAAACCCAUGAAUAGACAAUCUGGCAGCAUUUACAGUGUCUCCUCCAAUUCUGGCUCUUCAAACCCUAGCGAAGAAACUAAUGAUUUAGAAACUACAAUAGAAGCAAAUACUAUCGAAGCUGAAACAUUAAUGAGAGAUGAAUCAUAUCAAACAUCCCAUUGCAAUGAAUCUUAUAACGGAUCAGUUACAGAACAAAAUUUAUCUCAGAAAACUUCACGUCUAAGUGAAAUUAUAAUACCCUUAGAAGCCCAGAAAAGCAUUCAAAAUCUAAUAGAAACAAUUCAAAAUAAUCACACAGCACAAAUGCAGAAACUAAUAGAUCAGCAAAAAGUUGAUCAAGAAUUGUUAAAACAAGCUUUUGAAAAACACCAAGCAGUUCUUUUAAAUGAAAUACAUAAAUCGUAUUCAUUGCCUAAAUUUUGUAAUGCAAGUUCUGAAAAUUCUGAUCCUGAAAUAUCGCGUCUUCAAAAUAGAGAUAAUAAUGUUCAUGGUUUUGAAGAUAAAUGUUCUGAAAAUGGCAGUGAUUUUAUUAGGUCAUCUGAGGUUAUACUUUCUGAAUCCAAGGAUUUAUUAAAAUGUGCAAACUCUUCCAUUGGUUCUCAUGCGGAAUCCCGAUAUCCAAGUGCAAAACUUUCCCAAGAAUGUCUUUCUAGUAUCACAUCAAGUGUUGCACAUAACUUGAACAGUAAUGAUUUACAAGAAUUCACACCAAACUCCACUUUAGACGAUUCUGAACAAUAUUGUACACCAAUUGAUACUCCAAUUAAAUCAAAAUUAGAUGAUUAUAAAAAAUCAGUGCAAUGCUUUGAAGAUUUGAAAAUUGAAGACAUAAAUGAAGAAACUGGUGAUUAUGGUAAAAAGUUGGAUUGUGAUCUUCAAGACGGUUCUAGUCAAACAAAUAUUUCUGUGGAAACUUGCAACAGAACAAUUUCCUAUUGUACUAGUUUGCAUCGAGUGAAAGGUGAAGUGUUCCAUGAAGUAAAACAGGAACAGUUUGUUGAUCCAGAAAUGGAGAGGAAGGACCGCGCCUCGACGGUGAUUUGUGCGGCCGCCCGUUCGUUCCUCGUCCGCCGCCUGCUGAGGACGCAGAAAGUUUGUUCGAUAAAACGCGCCAUCAGGGAGACGCUGCUCUGCGCCUUGAAAUUGCACGGCGAAGGCGGAAUCAAGACAACCGAUGCCGAUUUGCAUCGCAGGCUCAUUCAACAGUUAAAUUCGGCAUGCCACGAGCUGCACGACAUCUUCUUCAAGACCACCGUAGCCGAACGAAUGCGUAUGAUUUCCUGCGAUAGGGACAUCAUGACUGGUUCCUACCGUCACCACCGGGCCGGGAGCACCAUGUCGAAUAACAGUGCCGACAAUCGUCACAGGAACUAUUCCCUGGAUUGUCGGCAGCACUCGAGACACACCAGCUCCAGGUCGCUGGAUAAGCAUAGUGAGGCCAAUUAUGGUGAGAUAAUAGAAUGUGAUAUUUGA